AUGUCGUCGCCAUGCUCCACUGUUCAUUCUCUACCUGUAAAUAUUGAUGCCGAUGGGGCAGUUUUGGACCUCUCAAAAGAGUUUGUGGCAGUUGGAUCCGGAUGCACGUCUUAUUUUCGGGGAAGGAAACUUCGCGGUGAGGUGUUUGAAACACCGGCAGAAUCGGACGUUCUAGUCAUCCAAAUUGAUGAUGUGAACUCUUUAGACGAAGUGCCAAGUGUUUUGAAGGUGGUGCGCGAACCGAUAGAAAAACUGAUUAUCUGGAAUACUGACGCUUAUUGUGACGUAUCUGAGAAGCUCAGGUCCGGCCUUAUUUGUCGCCUCCGCUACCGCAUGGGUCUUCCAUAUCUCGUUCUCACUCUCGUUGUGUGGAAUGGUUCUCCGGCUGGGGGACCGGCAAAGGCUUACACUGGGAGUCAAGCCCUAGCGGUUGCAGGACCCGAAGUAAAAAAUAUUGGUCGACGUCAAGAACCUUUGAAAGUUUCCAGUUCAAUAGGAACAGAAUCUGCAUCUCGUAAAAAGCCACCUUUAAAUGAAGAAAAUUUUACCUUUACACCAACCCUGUCGUAUGCAGAACAAUUGCUGUUGCAGAAGAAUAGACGAGAUGAACUGCUUCCCAAAAUAAAGUCUGAAAACAGAAUUGAAUGUGAUAACGCAGACCGUCUAAUUGAGUUUCCAGAUGUCGAAGACGAUUGGAAGACGGAGGACGAGCAGGAUAUGGAAAUGCUGCACUGGCUAUCCCAAUUAUCCGGCGAUCAGCUCCGCUCCUAUAAAUCAGCCUUAACCUACCUACCUGUACCCAACCCCUUUGAUAGCGCUAAUGAAUUGAUAUAUUUUUUAAGUAAAGGAAACAACCAAGGGGGGAUGACUUUUACGUCGGAUGAGGUUAACUUCCUCAUUUAUCGAUACCUGCAAGAAGCAGGCUAUUGUCAUUCUGCGUACCUUUUUGGAUUAGAAAGUGAAAUCAGUCAGUCGAACGUGGAUGGCUCCCUGGUGCCUCCAGGUUCGCUUUUGAGUUUAAUUCAGAAGGGAUUACAGUAUACUGAGGCAGAAAUCAGCAUCGGUGAAGAUGGCAGUGAGCGCGUAGUUGAGUCCCUCUCCCUCAUCGACGCUGUUGUUCCUGACGUGAUCGAGAAACGGAAGAGUUCGCUAAAGCAACAGCAACAGCAGCAUCAGCAGCAUCAUCCCUCUGGUUCCGCUGCCUCCAACGCCUCAACCGGCCAGCAGCAACAGUAUAACAGCGCAUCGAAUUCUCUAGCCGCUUCUGGUGGUGGUGACGGAUACAAUUCCCAUCUCCCUCCCGCUACUUCAGAUUCUGUAAAUACACCUACUCCAAUGGACAGUGAGAGCGGUGGUGGUGGACAGCAUUGCAUUAAUCCUGGUGGCAUUCUCCUACCCAAUAACCUCACUGCCACGUCGGUUUCUGUGCAGCAGCAACAACAACCGCAUCUACCCCCGUCGGUUGUCACUGCAGUAUCUCCUCCCUCUACUAGUGGAUUUAACUCCGGUAGUCCUCUUAACACUGGACAUCUACGUUUGCCAAACAAGAAUUUCGUCUCCUCACAAGAUGCCCUUUCCGGUCACCCCGUCCCCAAUUCGGUUCUGCUCCCUUCAAUGCACACUAAUGGUGAUAAUGGCCACAUCAACCACUACCGCCCGAGUGCCGAUACGGGAAUAACGGGCAUGGAUGUAGACAGAAUUCCUCAUCAACCACCAGUAAGUCAACCGGCGGCACCACCUCCAAACGCCUCUGCUCAUUCUCCGGAUCCCGGCCUCAUUCCUCAAGACCGAAUCACCGUUCUUCGUGGCCACACCUCGGAGGUCUUUAUAUGCGCAUGGAAUCCUCGCACAGACAUGCUGGCAUCUGGCUCUGGCGACUCAACUGCACGCAUAUGGAAUUUGGAGAAUACAUCGCCGACGAAUUUCCGGAGUUCUCCUAUCAUCCUCAAGCACUGCAUCAGUCGUGACGGCCACUCUGUUCUCUCCGCCAAGGAUGUUACCUCCUUGGACUGGAAUUCUGAUGGAAGUUUCCUCGCAACCGGCUCCUACGAUGGAUAUGCCCGCGUUUGGGACACUGAGGGUAGUUUGUCUUACUUCGUCAAUUACAUCUAUGCGGGAAAUUUACAAAAAACUCUUGGUCAACAUAAAGGUCCUAUAUUUGCCCUCAAGUGGAACCGGAAAGGCAACUAUAUUCUCACUGCAGGAGUCGAUAAGACUACAAUUAUUUGGGAGGCCCAGACGGGUCAGAUCGUCCAGCAGUUUGCUUUUCAUCAAGGUAAGCUCAUUUCCUCAAAGUCACUUGAUCUCGCUUGCUCUGUUUUGAAGCAUUAUUUUAUUUCAGCGCCCACUUUGGACGUCGACUGGAAGUCAGCAGACACCUUUGCUUCAUGUUCCACCGAUACUUACAUCUACGUAUGUAAGCUGAAGGUUGAUACUCCUCUGAAGACCUUUAAAGGACAUGGA